AUUUAUGUGGCUCUUUUUUGGUGCUAAAAACGGGUCAGUGCCGACCCUAGCACAAGAGAAAGGUUAAUAUAUGCAUGUAGUUAAGAGAAAAGGGAUACAAACAAGGAAACUGCAUAAAAACAAACCAGUUUCACUUAAAACUCUGCCUAACCCUGCUUCUCAUGUCUGUUAUCAUUCAGCGCUAUCUGACGCCGUCCUUCUUUUUUUUUUUUUUUUUUUACUAUCCCCUCUCAAAAUCUCCUUUUCCUUACAGAAAACAUGCUGGGAGGAGAGGAGGAGGAGAAAAGAAGAAACGCCUCAGAGGCGACAAGAGAGUGAGGAAGCAAAGAAAGUUGGUAGAGGAGCGAGAGGAGAGCAGAGGGGGCAACCAGAUGGAAGGAAGGAAGGAAAGGAUCACUUUACAGGCUCAAGUGCGCGAUUAAAAGAUCCUGAGUAGAUAAACAAAUAUAUGAAUCAAAGCCUAUAAUAAUAAUUUUAAAAAGGGAAUCGCGGGCGCGUCACCGCGCUGCGUGGACGCGAGCAAGACAAGACAAGCAGCGGUGCGCGCUGAAGCAGCCAGGUCCUGUCUUUCUCUGCCUGGAUUUUACUCCUCAUGUUCCUCAAACUCUCGGUGAGGUUCGUCAACUUUUAGGGUCAGUGCGUGAAAAACACCCCUUCAGCUUGGCCUCAAUCAAUUCUUUCGGGACACAAGCACAAGAAGCACUGGGGAGAAGGUGGAGGAAGGAAAAGCGCGUUGUUACUUCCGAGGAGUGCAGCUCGUUGUCGCCGGGGUUUAGGCGUUGGCAACCGGGUAGAGAGCCCCUCGUCAUGGCCGGGGCCAAGCCGGGAGUCCACGCGCUGCAGCUCAAACCCGUGUCCGUCCAUGAAGUGCUGAAGAAGGGAGGGAAAUUCAUCAAAUGGGACGAGGAGCCCAACAGUGGUCCCCCGACUCUGGUGACCCUGAAAGUGGAUCCAGAUGGAUUCUUCCUCUACUGGACUGGAGGGGCCAACCUGGAGGUGGAGAGCCUGGACAUCAGCACCAUCAGGGACACCAGAACAGGAAAGUACGCCAAACAGCCAAAGGAGCCAAAGAUGCGGGAGGUGCUGGGUCUUGGUAAGGAAAAUGGUGAAGGCAAGCUGGUAACCAUCGUCUAUGGCAGCGACCUGGUCAACAUCUCCUUUCUAAACUUCCAGGCCAUGCAGGAGGAUGCAGCAAAGAUUUGGACAGAUGAGCUGUUCACUUUGGCCACAAACAUACUUUCCCAGAAUGUAUCGCGGAACACCUUCCUUCUCAAAGCGUACACAAAGCUAAAGCUGCAGUUGAAUCAGGAUGGGAAGAUCCCCGUGAAGAAUAUUCUCAAGCUGUUUUCUGAUAAAAAGCGGGUGGAGACAGCUCUGGAGCAGUGCGGCUUUAACAACAGGUCAGAGGGAAUAAAGCCAGAUGAUUUCACGUGGGAUGCUUUCCAGAAGUUUCUUGACAGCUUGUGUCUCCGACCUGAAAUACAAAGCAUUUUUGAGGAGAGUGGCUCCAAGAGGAAGCCGUUCAUGUCUUUGGACCAGUUAAUGGACUUCAUCAACCACAGGCAACGAGACUCCAGACUGAAUGAGGUGCUGUACCCCCCACUGAAAAGAGAGCAAGUCCGACAGAUCAUGGAGAAAUAUGAAACCAACAACGGCCAGCUGGAGAGAGACCAGAUCAGUUUGCUGGCUUUCUCUCGGUAUCUGGGAGGAGAGGAGAAUGGCAUCGUACCCCCAGAGAGGCUGGAUGUCAUUGAUGAUAUGAACCAACCACUUUCUCACUACUUUAUCAACUCAUCACAUAAUACAUACCUCACAGUGGGUCAGCUGACGGGGCUGUCCUCAGUGGAAAUGUACAGACAGGUGCUGUUGACCGGCUGCCGCUGCGUCGAGCUGGACUGCUGGAAGGGUCGACCACCAGAUGAGGAACCCUACAUCACCCACGGUUUUACCAUGACCACUGAGAUCCCUUUUAAGGAAGUGAUUGAGGCGAUAGCAGAGAGUGCCUUCAAGACUUCACCUUACCCUGUCAUCCUUUCUUUUGAAAACCACGUAGAUUCAGCUAAACAGCAGGCCAAGAUGGCAGAGUACUGCAGGACAAUCUUUGGAGACGCCCUGCUCAUCGAUCCACUGGAGAAAUAUCCGCUGAUCCCUGGCCAGCCACUUCCCUCACCACAGGAGAUGCUGGGGAAGAUUCUUGUUAAAAACAAAAAGAAGCAUCACCAUCAUCGACCUUCUGAGAGCAGCGGCAGCAUACGACGCAAGGAUCAAGGCGAGCAGUCGUCACCUAUUAAUGACUGCCCUCUGACAGACUGUGAGGGAAGUCAGCUCCUUUACAAUGGAGAGGAAAAGCUGGCUGAGAGGAUGGUCAAAGAUGCAGAGCCUCGAAAAUCUCUCGGGGGGGAAGGAGAAAGCGAAGAGGAUGAAGAGGAUGAGCCUGUUACAGAUCUGAAAAAGCCCAACUCUGACGAGGGUACCGCCAGCAGCGAGGUGAAUGCCACAGAGGAGAUGUCAACUCUCGUCAACUACAUCGAACCUGUCAAAUUCAAGAGCUUCGAGGUGGCAGCUAAGAGGAAGAAAUUCUUUGAGAUGUCAUCAUUCGUGGAAACCAAAGGCAUGGAUGCCCUAAAGAACAACCCCGUCGAGUUUGUUGAGUACAAUAAGAACCAGCUGAGCAGAAUUUAUCCCAAAGGAACGAGGGUGGACAGCUCCAACUACAUGCCUCAGAUCUUCUGGAAUGUCGGCUGUCAGAUGGUGGCGCUAAACUUUCAGACUCUCGACCUUCCCAUGCAGCUGAACAUGGGGUUUUUUGAGUAUAACGGCCACUGUGGCUACUUGCUAAAACCAGAGUUCAUGAGAAGGACGGACAAACACUUUGAUCCUUUUACAGAAAGCAUAGUGGAUGGAAUAGUUGCCAAUACAGUCAAAAUUAAGGUGAUCUCGGGUCAGUUCUUGACAGAAAAAAAGGUGGGGGUGUAUGUAGAGGUGGACAUUUUUGGACUUCCGGCAGACACAAAGAGGAAGUACAGAACCAAAACAUCGAAUGGGAACUCCCUGGACCCUGUGUGGGAUGAUGAAUUGUUUGUCUUUAAUAAGGUGGUCCUUCCAACACUAGCCUCUCUAAGGAUUGCUGUGUUUGAGGAAAAUGGCAAGUUCAUUGGACACCGAAUUCUCCCAGUGUCGGCCAUCAGACCUGGCUACCACUACAUAAACCUGAAGAAUGAGCUAAACCAGCCACUUCUGUUGCCCUCUCUUCUGGUUUACAUUGAAGCUCAGGACUACAUCCCUAAUGAACACCAAGAGUACGCAGAGGCUUUGACCAACCCCAUCAAGCACAUCAGUCACUUGGCCAAGAGAGAGAAACAGCUGGCUGGCCUCAUUGACGACAACAGCGAGCAUGUCGGCAGCCAGCUAAGAGACGGCGAGAUCAACAAAGAGACGGAAGUCAUUCCAGCUGAUCAACCCCCCUCCUCCUUACAACCGCUUCCCCCCUGCCCUCCAGAUGAUGUCCCUGACGUUAUCAAGUUACCUACACCAGCACAAACUCAGAGGGAGGACUUGAUAGCCACUGUCCUGUCAGACAUCCAGGUUCACUCUGUGGAGGAACUGAAGCAGCAGAAAAGUUAUGUGAAAUUCGUAAAGAAACAGAAUAAAGACAUGAAAGAAAUGCGUAAAAAACACCUAAAGAAGGUGUGGAAUCUGAGUAAGGAGCAGAAGAGUCGCAGCAGCCAGCUUCAGUCUGACUCCAAGAGGCGACGCAGUCAGAUUGAGAAACGCCUCAACCGAAGCAUUAAAAAAAAUGAGCCGCAGGAACAGGCGCAGCACGACCUGAGUCAGUUGGAUCAGGAGCUUGAGAAGCAGACAGUACAGCUGCAAGAAUGGCAGAUGCAGGAGCUCCUAAAGCUUCGACAAGAGCUUUACUCACUGGAAAAAGAGAAGCAACAAAAGAAUCUGCAAGAGGCCUUCAAGAAAUUAAAGGAGACGGCCCACGAAUGUCAAGCAGUCCAGAUAAAGAAGCUCAGGGAAACGUGUGAGAAGGAGAAAAAGGAGCUCCAGAAAAUCCUGGACAGAAAACGACUAAACAGCAUCAGUGAAGCCAAGAACAGAGAUAAAGAGAAGGCGGAAAUAGAACUGAAUGAAAUCAACAGGAAACAUAUUCAAGAUUCUGUAGCCUUGAUUCGCAGGCUGGAGGAGGCGCAGACCAGGAGGCAGGACAAGCUCAUGCUGAGGCAGCGAGAAGUGCUGCAACACAUAGAAGAGGAACUUCCAUCACUCCAGUCCCAGUUGGAUAGAGAACUGGAGGAGGGAUACCGGCGACUACCUGAGGAAAUCUGUCAGCACCUUCAGCUAGAGCUCCAAAACAAAGGUCUCCGAAAGGAUGCCCUGUUCUCUGCUCUGUCCAAUCACAGCAGCCCCAGCUCGGGUCCGCCCUCCAACUGCUCUACACCCUCUUACCCAUCAACUCCCAGUCGCGGCUCAUGGAACAGGAGCAUGGACAAUAGCACUGCCUCACUGGCUGAUUCCACGUCCUCAUCCACCACUCCUGUCCUAUCAGAGGCAGAGAUUUCAUUCACUUAGAUUUAUUAUUUGUACAAAUGAACAUAGGUAUAUUCAACAGGGGUCUAUAGUGAUCUGGGAUAGUAAUGAUAUAGAUUAUUUACUAAUUUUAUUUCUUUUUUUUUAUUACAGACUGUCGAUGUCUAAAGAGCUGUAAUAUUUUUUAUUUUCUGUUUUUGUCACAUGACACAUCAUUGCAUUUUGUUGGAAUAUUUCAGAAUUCUCAUAAUCAAAGUUCUUUUUUUAUUUUGACAUUUUUAAAUACUUGUCUUGGUUUUACGGUCUGCUUUGUUUUUGCAUCAUUUCCUUUUUGUGUGGUCAGUAAGCUUUGCUGGGAUUUUGCAGCUGUAUAGUAGCACUGUUGUUGCUAUAGGGAUUUGUUUGUUGCAGCUUUGAUCUCCUUUUUUUCUGGAUAGCUUGAAAGUGUGUAUAGCAUAACAGCUGUAAAACAGCUAAAAUGUUCCAUUCAUGCUUUUGGCUUAAGCUCUUUUGUUCCUCAGAUAAAUGAGGGACUAUUUAAAAUAAUCUUAAGAGAUGUCAGAGUGCUACAAAUAAUGUCAUAAACCAAAUAUCAUUUCCACUUUUGUUAGUAGAAAUUAUCCAGGUUAGAUAAGUAUCUUCCAAAGCUUAAAUCUGAAUGAGUGUUACUCAUUUUUUAAAGAAUGUUUUUUUUUUUUUUAAAUCAGAAGAUUUAGCUGUAAUACUAGCAGCCAACCAUCAGGUGGUGCUGUAACCUUAAUUUAACUGUUCUUUGAAAAAUUUCAGUCUGAGCCGACUGUACUUCCAGUCUGAUAAUCCAAUUAUACUGUACCCUAACACACACUCACACACCUGUCUCGCCACAAUUUCAUGCGUCAUUGGUUAAAAACGUCUCUGCAUGCAUUCAAAUUCCCAUCAAGGUUGCCUGGAUGAGAGGGGUUGUCAGCAGACAUCCAUCUGUCUUAAAAACAAAACAAAAGAAGUAUGAAAUUGUGUGUGUAGGUUUGCAAAUGAGGGUUUAUGUGACAGAACAUUCACUUUCUAAAUCAUGUGCAAGCAGAUAGCUCUAUCCCAACACUCAAACUCACACGCUGGUUUAGCUUCUAAAAUCCUCAUCCCAUCCAAUCUACUCCCUGUGUAGAGAGCAGGAAGCAUACACACUCAUUCACACACUUUGGAUACAAACCUCAGUAAAAUUAUAAAUCUCAGAGAUUACUGAACUCCAAGAGGAGAUGUAUUUGUAUGUAUAUGUGUGGCCAGAAGAUAAUCUCUUGAUGGGGCAUCUGCUUUGAAGAACAGUAAUACUUCCUUCUAAAUAGAGAGAUUCUGUUUUAUGUAAGUGUGUGUGUGUUUGUCCUACAUGUGCUGGUGCAGUUAGUUUGCCACUUUGGCAGCCUUGAGGACAUUUGCUAAAUUAGCAAGUCAUCUGAUGAUGACUUAAAGCUGCACUAUGACAUCUUAAUAUAAAAACGGAGAGUGUUUUGCUCUCUUGGUAGCUGUUUGCUGCUGUUUUAACAUCACUUAAGCAAAGAAAUUCCAUUACCCUGGUGUUUCAAUUUUCUAAAUGGACAUAGGAAAUGGUUUUACGUAAGUUUUAUUUUAAAUCAAAUGUGCCCUUUUAGAUAUCCCCCACAUUUCACUCAGUGUGUUACUCCUCUCCAGACAGAUAUUGAAUGUGGGAUUGUGGCACACAAGCUAAAUGGUACAUUAAGUUAAAUAUCUGCUUUGUCUCUACCAAUGCUUCCUGUUUCCCCUCUAUUUAUUUAGCUGUUUUUCUCUGUCAUAGCAGCUAUUUUUUUGUGUGCGUAUUGUCCACUUUGAGGGAGUGAAGUAAUGGUACUAUGUAUAGAUAAUCUAUGGAGAUGUUUAGUUGUAUGGAUUUUACUACUGACUACUAGUGCUGGUGGGUGAUUGAGGUCUGUGAGGUUAAAUAGGGCAGAGGGAACAAACAAAAAUGAGCAUAAUGUUAAUGUUUUGUCAAAGAAAUAUUUAGAAACUCCUCUUCCACCUUCCUCUUUUUGAUAUGCACUGGUUACCUGUGUUUGUGAUUACCCCAAUUAUAUUCACUGACAUGUAAACUAUCAUCUGUUUAAAGUCAUAUUUAAACUGAUUUUCUAUUAUGGUGACAAGUCCUUACUGAUAGAAGAAACUGUACGUGCAGGCUGCUGAAAAAAUGAAAAUAUUUUAUAUCAAGUACCCAUCCCAAAUUCAGUGUGUGUAGUUUUUUUUUUUCUUCUUUAAAGAUUUUUUUUUGUGUCUAAAAUCCUCCCGGAGCUCUGAUUUGUCCUUCAGCAGGGUAUUUUUGAAGCCAGUGUCUAUAUUUUAAUGAGCUGUUUAGGAAAGCCGCAAGACCAUUUCAGGGUAAAGCACUUUCUUUAAAUAAAACCUCUGACCUUGUGAGCUUUGAUAGAACAAAAUAAGAUUUUUAGCCCGAUCACCUCUGUGCUGUACUGCACUAAUGCAUAUAGUUUCAGAGGUAAACCUUUUGGCGCACUCUGGAGGCGUGAGUCUCACCAGUCUUCUCAAAUACUAAACUUAACCAAAAAUCUUGACACAUUCCUUGGUGGUAAUGUGAUUUGUAGAGGAUUGUCAAGUACUUAAGAUUUUUCAUUACUUUUGUCGUGCAAAACGAACAUACCUUUUUUCCCUCUUCAACAUUCUUGUUAAAAUGCACUUUUCCCUGUCUGUUUUGGAUGCUUGUGAAAUCUCUUGUUCUUGUAAUGUCGACAUCAAUACAAACACCUUUCAAUGACAUUUAGUUUUUGUGUAAAUCAUCAAUAGUUGCGUAUUAGGUGUCACGAGCAAAUCAGUACGGAUACAUUUUAAAGAUUUUACUUUUUCCCCACUCUUUGCACUUUAAACUUGGAUUUAUUUGGUAUUACAAUAAGAAUGCAAAUAUUUAAUUUUUAAAAAUGUUACUCAUCUGAACUUGCAGUCAGAGUUGUGCUUGACUUGGCAAAAGUUGUAUUUCUGACAAAAGAUGAGACAUAUUGCCCAGUCUAUCACCUUUCACCACUGUAAUAAGAAGCUAAAAACUAUUUGGCAGAAAUUGAUAAACAGACUACUGGUGGAUGUUUGGAAGUGCAACUUGUAAGCUAAUUUAUAAUGCAUAGAAACCACAGGUACGUCAAAACAACCACUUGAUUCACUUGAGACUUAGCAAGCAUUCUUGACUCUAAAUGGCAUAGUUAUUAAAGAUAAAAUCAAACACACUUACAGAUGCAGCUAAAAGAUUGUCCUUUCAUUGAACCUAGGUACUGUGAGAUCAUAUUGAGAUUGUGUAAUUAGUCCAUUGAAGACUUAAUGUAAAACUUCUUUAUUGACAUUUUGGAGGAUUGGCCUGUGGUGCACAACAAUCACUGAACAGAUCUGGUGGCUUUGAGGAUGGAUUAGUAUAAAGAAAAUACAAAAAAAAAAAAAGUGCAUACAGAAUACAGUGACAAAUAUAAAACAUGUUUUUUAUUAUUAGAAUGUGCCAUAUCUGAGUGUGGCCCAUUUUCAGCUGUUUGACUUUGAUUCAAGUCAGCUAGUGGUCCAGAGUUUAUGAACCAACAAGUAGGUUAUUGAAUUACCAUGAACUGUGGCACACCGCCCUACUUAUAAUGUCUCAUAAAUGUUAACUUCUGUGAUCUUCAUUUAGGGGCACUAUUUUUUAUUUAUUUUUUUUUUUUUACUAAUCUCCCAGUUUACAUCCCUACAUAAACAGAAGUAACAUUAGCCAAAUGUGUUAAUUGCUAAUUAGCAAAUAUUUGUUAGCAUGCUAAGUUGCUAAACUUAGCUAGCAGUAAUUUAGACGUUAUUAAAGAGUUACUAAACUGUUUAGUAAUGAGUUACUAAACUGUAACUCAAAACACAGAUGUCCUUAUAGUCAUUUAGGCAUUUUUAGAUCAGUAAAAAUGUGGACUUGUGUUAGUGGAGAUUAUUUAUUUUGGCUUUAUGCUAAAAGAUUAGCAUGUGCACCAUAACUUCCAAACAUGCAAUUACUAGACUGCUGUCACAUUUAAUGUUAUAUUUUCCAUUCUUAGCUUUGGCAAUGUUUUGGUUCAGCCAACAUGUACUGUGAUCUGUGUUUCUGUGGCACAAGGAAAGGUUUAGUCAGUGUACUAAUGCCUUAGUUACUUUGCUUCCAACCAAAAUUGAGCUUGAGAUUGUUUCUAGAUAAAUGUGAGCCUUAAUCUCUGAUUUCUGUCCUGUUUAUGUUAAAACUCUAAGUUAAAUUGAUGUGUACAAAAUAAUACUCUCAUGAACACAGCGGCAUACCAUUAGAUAGUAUGCUCACUUCAGUAUCUCACACAAACACUCCUUGACUUUCUUCCUUUAUUAGACAUUUGGUGACUAGUCUCCCUCAGGCUCACCCUGAGGCCUUUGGCUGUCAUGCCUUUUCUCCCUCUCCUCUUCGUGUCUCAGCCUCACUGCCCCAAUUCUUCCCCUCCAGUUUUUUACCCAGUAAUGAGACCAUAUUUUACUUCAGGACUAGUUGAACUUAUUACAAGCAGCAGAGUGAACACUUUACAUAGUGAAAGACAGCAUUCAAUAUAUAUUAAACAACAGAUUUGUUGAUACUGCAUAUGAAGUAUAAAUAAUUGUCAGAUAUAAAGGGAAUACUAUACAUUGAUCCAGGUGUAAUAUUUUAUUGUUUCCUCAUAUUAAUAUAAAGUAGAUAUGGCUGAACAUUCAGUAAUAAACUUCUAAUUUUUGUUUCCUGUU